AGCGGCAGAUAACACUUGAAAGACUUGUUCAUAUUAUCAGCCGCUGGCCCUCCCACGUUCGCAUUGAGAGAACCGAGUCGAUCCUGAGCAUGGCGCCAGCAAGGCUCUUGAGUACCAACGACCAGGAGUAUCAGUCUCACCCAGCUCCUGAGCAUGAUGUGCCCGUUCUGAUCAUCGGGGCUGGCCCGGCUGGCUUACUACAGGCACAUCUCUUGUCUCAACUCGGAAUAUCUUGUUUAGUGGUUGAGAGAUAUGCCAGCCGGCUUGCCGCUCCCAAAGCUCAUGCUUUGUCGCCACGGUCCCUGGAGAUUUGUCGUCAAUUCUCGCUCGAUACUACUCGAAUCCGCAGACUAGGCACAUCUCGCAAAGAUGCAUUCUACGUCAAUUUCAUCACGAACUUGACAGGACAGCAAAUCGGUCGCCUUCCUUAUGAGCGCAUGGAUGCGGAUGUUUUGAACGAUACCCCCGAAAUGAUUCACAACAUCCCACAGCCUAUGUUCGAGGACCUGGUUUACGAGGAAAUCAUCAGCCAGCCUGACCCAAAGAAAGUGCAGAUCAUGAAGAACGUGUCCUUUGUGAGCUUCCAGGAAACGAAGGGAGGAGUGAUAACGACGGUCGAGGAUCGCGCCACGUCUCGUCAUUUUACAAUCCGCUCACGUCACGUCGUCGCCUGCGAUGGAGCCAGAUCCAGAGUCCGUGACUUCUGUGGUAUCCAGACCGAAGGGGCGAUCUCAGAGGAGACGAUGAUGACAAUCCAUUUCCAAUGUGACCUCCGGCCCAUCUUGGGUGACCGGAAAGGCAUGCUGCACUGGGUGCUCGAUCCGGAAACCUCAGGAUUCAUUAUAAACUAUGAUCCGGCUGGAAACCAGGUCCUGAUAUGCAACUUCGAUGCCCAAAAGCGGCCGGUCGAUACAUGGGACGAGGCCCUUUGUCGAGCAACAAUUCUCAGCACUAUCGGACGAGCAGAAGAGCUGAAGGUGUUGAGUUGGCGGCCCUGGGUCUUGAGUCGGAAAGUCGCCAACAAAUACCGAUGCGGCAACGUGUUCCUAGCUGGAGAUGCAGCCCAUAGCUUCCCACCCACAGGUGGGUUGGGCCUGAAUGCCGGUAUCGCUGACGUACAUAAUCUCGCAUGGAAGAUCGCGGCGGUACAUCAUGGCUGGGCGUCGAGCACACUUCUUGACACGUACAAGGCCGAACGACGGCAUGUGGCCAUGGUGUAUUCCGAGCAGUCGGUCAAAAAUGGUCUGAAGAUCUUCUCAUUCCUGAAGACUCUCGGUGCCACCACCGACGACGUCGGCGAGGCAAGGUCAGAGUUGCUCAGAGUGGUCAACGACCCGACGCAGGCCGAUGUCAUUGCUGCGCAUGUUGAGGAUCAGCGAGAGCAUUUUGACAACGGAAAACACCUCCAGCUCGAACUGCACAUCGGCUACGUAUAUAACGACACUGCGAUCCCAAAACAUGCCUCACACUUCACGCCCAAGUACGUCGCCGGAGCGCGGUUGGCACACGCGUGGAUCCAUCCGCUUGCCACGAAUGUCUGCCAGGGGCUACACGCAACGGACGUGUCGUACAUCGAGGAGCUGUCCGUUGAAGAGGUUCAGAGGAAAAGGUUCUCCACACUUGACUUGUGCUCGAAAAGCGCGUUCACUCUCAUCACGAGCAAAGACAAUGUAUGGCAUCAUCGAUACGAUCAACUUAGUGGAGCCUGUCAUCCUUCAUUGCCGCUCAAUCUCGUCGUGGAAGGCCAAGACUUCGAGUUCAUCGACGUCGCGGCGCAGACGAAGUGGUGCCACGGAUUUGGAUUGCAUAAGGACGGUGCCGUCUUAGUCAGACCGGAUCAACACUGCUUGGCUGUGCUGCGGGCGGACGAUAAUGUCGAAUGUGUCGUCGAUAUUUUGCAUGACUUUCUGGGCAUCACAGGCACAUAGAGAUAGAUCUAGGGGAGAUUCGUUCUUUUCGGCUUUCAUUCUUUCGUCAUGCCGAGAGUCCUAUCGCGUCGAUCGAGGCAAGCUGCGCUGAGUCGAUCUCACAUCCAAGAGCGUAAGCUGCGAAUUCAUCAUAA